CACGUUCAGCUAAGCUACGAAAGAUCGUUCUUGUUGCCUUUCCGACAACUGCCGUCCGCAUCGCCAGAAAUCGAUAAGACGCAGAUCGUCAAUCAAAAGCUUGAUACCCCCAGUGGCCUGUUCACCCUUUGGACAGUCGGUGGAUCAUUUGCGGUCUUGACGGACGAUCAUUUCGGAUAUGGGCGAAGACGACCAUCCAGAGGACGCAUCGAAGCAAGCAAAACCACUUUGACAAUCAAUCAUACCUCUGAUGUCCAUCGUCAGGCGAAGGCUCGCGGUAUCAGCAAGAGGGCAGCGAGGGUGCACAUAACCUCGACUAACGCCGAGGCCAACGGUAUCAUCUCAUGGUAA